CCUGCCAGGCACUGCGACUUCUGAUGCCCUGAGAUGCCCACACCCAAUAGCUCUGCCCCGCUGCCCAGUUCCUGGGUCAACACCUCUUCUGCAGGCAGUACGCUGAGUGUGGAUGAUGCCGCGAUGCCUGUCGAAUUCCUAUCCCUGAGGGCUGUGGUUGCCCUGGCCUAUGGGCUUGUAGGGGCCAUUGGAUUCCUGGGAAAUUUGGCUGUGCUGUGGGUGCUGGGUAACUGUGCUCAGCGGGCCCCUUGCCCACCGUCCGACACUUUUGUCUUCAACCUGGCUCUGGCAGACCUGGGGCUGGCACUUACUCUCCCGUUCUGGGCAGCUGAAUCAGCACUGGCCCUCCACUGGCCCUUCGGAGGUGCCCUCUGCAACACGGUCCUGACGGCCACUGUCUUCAACAUCUGUGCCGGCAUUUUCCUCGUCACAGCGCUGAGUGUUGCCCGAUACUGGGUGGUGGCCAUGGUGGCAGGACCCGGCACCCACCUCUCGCUCUUCUGGACCCGCGUGGCCACCCUGGCAGUGUGGGUGGCAGCUGCCCUGUCGACAGUGCCUACGGCGGUCUUUGGGGGAGGGGAGGCGUGGGGUGUGCGUCAGUGCCUUCUGCGCUUCCCCGGCAGGUACUGGUUGGGGGCCUACCAGCUGCAGAGGGUGGUGCUGGCCUUCGUGCUGCCCCUGGGCACCAUCACCACCAGCUACCUACUGUUGCUGGCCUUCCUGCGACGGCAGCAACGACGACGACGGGAUAGCAGGGCCGUGGUCUCCGUCUCCCUCUGCUGGUUCCCCAACCACAUGGUCACUCUCUGGGGUGUCCUGGUGAAGUCUGACCUGGUGCCCUGGAACAGCACUUUCUACACCAUCCACACCUACGUCUUCCCUGUCACCACCUGCCUGGCACACAGCAACAGCUGCCUCAACCCAGUGUUGUACUGUCUCCUGCGGCGGGAACGGCAGGCCCUGGCAGACACCUUCAGGGACCUUCGAGCACGACUGUGGCCCCAGAGCCCUGGCUGGGUGAAGCAGGUGGCCUCAAAGGAGGUGGGCAGAGUGGACAGCACCCCACAGGAGAGUGGCCCUUCCACCAUGCUCAGCACCUUGGACACAGGAGCACCUGGGUGAAGGUACAAGCCAAACACCCUCUUUCUGGCACCAGCCGGGCACAGCAUCCAUGCAUCCUAGGGAGAGACUGGCUGGCUGCCAGGCUGCGUGCGAUGCCCUCAUGGGACGUCUGAUUGGUGAUCUCACUCUGGGUGUGGUGGA